AUGGCUGCUGCGUCGCCGAUCGGACGGCUGUCAGACGAUCUUCUCUCCGUUAUCCUCCGUCUCGCCGGUCGAUUCAACGGUCAGUUCCAGCACGCGAUUGUGUGCAAGAAAUGGCAUCGCAUCGCCCGUAGCGUGCACGACCACAUCCACAUUCGCGGAAGCCGUCGCAUGCGUCCUCGCGAGCUGCUCGCGCACCUCUCGUCAUUCCCAAGGCUCCGAAAGCUCGUCCUCGCCGUCUGCAGCAUCACGUCCGUCCCCGACUCUCUCCUCUCGGGGAUUGCCGACACGUGUCCAGAUCUGACGGACCUCCACGUCGAUACGAUGCAACGAGAGUACAGACAGGGGGGUUUCACAGAGAACGGGCUUUCGUAUCUCUUUGAGAAGUGCAUACGGCUGGAGGGACUUCGUCUUGAUUGUCAGUGGAAUCUGGCCGCCAUUCCCUCUUCCAUCGGCGGCCUUGCGUCACUCAAGAGCCUGCACAUCACCGACAGGGGGACAAUCGCCCUCCUUCCAUACGCGUUCACCUCGUUACAGGCACUCGUGCAUCUCGUGAUCAAAAUGCCCGGACUGGAUGAACUGCCGCAGGACUUCGGCAAUCUGAGGCUGCUCAAAUCGCUCCAUCUGAUCGGCUGCCUGUGUCUCGUUUCCAUUCCCGAUUCUUUCGGGCAGCUUACCAACUUGACGCAACUUUCCAUCAGUGGCUCCACAAGGCUUCGGCUGCCCGAGUCCAUCUCCAACCUUACAUCGCUGCUGACCCUCGAAAUUUCCAACUGCCGAGACCUUUCACCGCUGCCCGAGAGUUUCGGGAACCUGCCAGCCCUUGAAACCCUACGCCUGGAGGAUGUGGGGGGGAUCAGAAUUCUGCCCGCGAGUCUCGGGCAGCUGUCUUCUCUGGCGAAUCUUAUCCUCGCCGGCAUGACACUCCACCAUCUGCCUGACGGCGUCGCUCUCCUCCUACGCCUACGCACGCUCAAGCUAGACGUUGGCAUUGCCGUGCAGCGGCAUCCCUCUGUAUACCUCGCCACCACACUCAAAGAGCUCACGAUUGAAAAGACUAGAACUUUACGUUCUCUGCCAGAGGAGUUCGGGCAGCUUACUGCCCUCGAGGCCCUGCGCCUGGUUGAGCUUCCGGGGCUCAGCAGCCUGCCCGCGUCGCUUGGCGACCUGACGAGCCUCAAGGAGCUGAAAAUAGCCACAUGCAGCCUGCUGACGCAGCUUCCAGACUCCCUUACUCUGCUUUCUUCCCUUGAGCUGCUGGACAUCAAGGAUUGCUGCAAGCUGACAGAGCUACCGCAGGGAAUGGGGGAUGAGGAGAUCGGACGGCUGGGAGGGCUUGAAGCUCUCACGCUCUACAAUAUGCUUGACCUGAAGUCGCUCCCUCGCUCGCUGUGUCAGCUGCAGCGGUUGAAAAGACUGCAAGUGAGUUGCAGCGCGCUGCAGUCGCUGUUUGUGGAUGAGGAUUGGGUAGUUGUUUUGAAUGGUUGUGGGGUGGGAAGUACCUGCCUCCAGUUACCCAGCCACACGGGUAGCAGCAGAGGCGCUGGCAGCUGUGGGGGGUGCGAGGAGAGUGACAUGGGUGUGCUGCUGCCAUCCCUGGAGGAUCUUCAACUGGCGGCCCUUCCAUUGCAGCAGCUCGGUGCAUGGCUGGGCUCCUUCUCCUCGCUAACCCACCUGGAGAUCUCGCACAUGAAUCGCCUCCGCUCGCUCCCACACUCCAUCUCUCGCCUCUCUCGCUUGCAGUCACUCACGAUCACUUAUGCCAAAAGCAUGCUUGUGCUGCCAGAGUCAAUAGGGAAGCUCUCAGCACUCACAUCCCUCCAUCUUGACGGUCUCAUGCGCUUGACUGCUCUGCCUGAGUCGCUUGGGCAGCUGAAGAAGCUUCAGGUUCUUCAUAUUGACCAAUGCCCGGGCUUAACCCGGCUUCUCCCUGAUCUCUGCCGACUGCAGCGGUGCCAUUUCUGCCGUGUCGGCAUUUCGUGCCUUCCGGAUGACUUCUGGAAGAUCUCUGCUUUAAAAUACCUCUUGCUCACGUCACUGCCCAAACUCUGCAGCCUGCCCAAAUCUUUUUCGCAGCUGCUCGCACUGGAGGAGUUGAACCUGACCCAAUGCGAGGGGCUGGCUCAGUUACCCUCGGGCGUGCAGCAGAUGGGGAAGCUGCAGACAUGCAUUAUCAGUGGGUGCCCGCUACUGCCGACAAGAACAAUUGCAUCGAUUCACAAAGCGAACUUGGACGAAGGAGAGCGCUUGGUUGUGGAGGAGGAGGAGGAGGGGGAGGGGGAGGGGGAGUUGGAGGAGGAGGAGGAGGAGGAGGAGGAGGAGGAGGAGGAGGAGGAGGAGGAGGAGGAGGAGGAGGAGGAGGAAGAGGAGGAGGAGGAGGAGGAGGAGGAGGAGGAGGAGGAGGAGGAGGAGGAGGAGGAGGAGGAGGAGGAGGAGGAGGAGGAGGGGGAGUAA